AUGGCUCCACGACUGCCACGGCCAUUCGAGCUGAACCCCGACCUGAAAGCUGCCCUUCGCGUCGAGUCAUUCCAAGGCACGUUCAGCUCCAAGGCUUUCAUCGAAAAGCUAUCCAAUGGAAUCAUUCAGACACGUAUCAAGGAAAACUCCAAUACCUUCGACCCAAAGCCAUUCAUCCGCACAUUCGAAAGUUCCCUGGAGGAACUCGAAAAGUUGGCGAGCAAGAUGCAGAAGCACACGAUAGAGCUUGAGCGAGAGACACAGAAGGAGGAAUUGGCGUUCAAGAAGCAGGUCAAGGAGCUAGGUUCAGGAUUCGGGGAUGUUCAAUCGACACUUGAGAGCUUGGACUCGCGCAUCAGCGAAGUCGGAAGCACAGCUAUCAGGAUCGGUGAGAAACUAGAGACCGCGGACAAACAGAGGGCAAGGGCAGUGCUGUCAAAAAAGCUCAUGGAAUACUUUAUGCAGUUCAACGACGGAGGAUGCCCAACAUUGGAUUCGCUCAUGACACAGCAAGGACUGGAGGGACAGAUUGAGGCAGCCAGGAUUCUUCGUCAGCUCGCAGUGAUCUCCAAGGAAGUCGACUUGCCUGAAACACAAGUGGCAAGAGACGGUAUUGAAAAGUUCAGGGAGCAGUUCGAGACAGACAUGUUAUCAUCGUUUGACAAAGCAUACCGGCAAGCAGACCCCAAAGUCAUGGCACACUGCGCCAAGGCACUACUGGAGUUCAAUGGAGGCCACUCUUGUGUUCAAAUCUAUGUCAACCAGCACGACUUCUUCAUGCUUCACUCCAAGGUCAACGAGUCCGCCCCUCUCGAAGGCCCCAACCACGAGGAUCUUACCAACCCAGUCGCGGCUAUCCCACCCAUCGACGCAGGACUCAUCAAACUGUACGACGACAUUCGGACAACGGUCGAUCAGGAGGCAGAGAUUAUCUCGAUGGUCUUUCCCAACCCCGCUGCCGUUUUCCAAGUCUUUAUUCAGCGUGUUUUUGAGCAAUCCAUUCAACAAUUCAUCGAGACACUUUUGGAAAGAUCGCAGGCGAAAUCGACGCUUGCCUACCUUCGAACCCUUUCGUCGAUCCACGAUCACACCAUUCAUUUAGUCGUGGACUUGAAGAUGUGCGAAGAUACCCUCAAGGUCGGCAUCAAUGCGAACGUCAAGGGAUCCAACAUUUCAGUCACGACCCAACCCCUCUCACAAACAUUAGAUCGUUGUUUGGACGAUCUUUUCGUCCCCUUCUUGGAGGGCGACCGAUACCUCGAGAAGGAGUUGCAGUCAUUGUGCGAGAUCUACGAUUCCAUGUUGGCGAAGUUCACGGCGUACCAGCUUCAGCGCCGUGGAGGAAAUAAGUUCAGAGCCAUCAUUACGCGUACCUUCAACCAAAUCAUUGAUUCCAACAAGACGACUCUCCCUCCUGUCGUCCUGGAGAACUUUGCGACAGUCAAGAACCCAGAGAAAUACCAGGAUAUGAAGGUUGCCGAUGAUGAUGGAGCUCUUUCGGUGGAGCUUGUUGUCAAGCUGCUUAAGAUCCAUUCCGAGAGUGUUCUCAGGAGCCUAGGACUCUUGCCCGUCUCUGGAAGACCCAAACACACGGCUGUACUGUUCCAGCUUUUGACGGACUACAUUGGAAUGCGUUACAUUGACGCUGCUCUGGACUCUGCUAUGGAAGAUUUGUCAGCACUGGACCCCAAGUUCCCGCCAGAUCUGCGACCCAUGAAGCGCGUCAAGCUUGUGAACGGAAUUAUUCACUUGAUCCAGAUGCACUUCCAAACCACAAUCUUGCCAUUGACGGUACCGUCGCCUCAAGUGUACCGUGACACGGUCAUCCAGAAGAACAAACUAAUGGCAAACGUGGAAGCCAAGGCGAACGCGACCAUCCAGAAGGAGAUUGACGUGAUUCUGGCCUGGUUGGAGACGUGCUUAGGCAGACAGCGAAAGUCAGAUUUCAAGCCUAAGGAUGACGAGAUUGACUUGACAGGACUCGCAACCAAGCCCUGUAUCGACUGCUGCGAGUUUUUGAGGAGAAUGUACGAGACGACCAAGAAGUGCUUCGAUGGCAAGAACAUUGAGAUGUUCUGUAAUGAAGUCGGUGUCACCUUCCACGGAAUGCUUCUUGAGCACUUCAAGAAGUUCCAGAUCAGCCCUGUCGGAGGAGUGCUGCUCACAAAGGAUAUUGCCAAGUAUCAAGAAUCGGUCAAGGCAUGGAACAUCCCCUCACUGAACGAACGCUUCGAGAUGCUCCGUCAGCUCGGAAACGUGUUCUUGGUCAAACCCGAGAUCCUGCCCUCCGUUCUGAACGAGGGUUACCUAGCCAAGGUCGACUUCAAGAGCCUGUACCCGUACCUUCAGAUGCGUGUUGAUUUCAAGACGUCCAAGAUUGACAAACUGUUCGAGAAGCUAAACCUGACGAUUGGUAACGGAAAUGGCAACGGACCUGCCAGUAGUGGAGCUUCAAGCAGAAUGGCACAGUUGGAGGACCUCACUGGCGCCAAGUUCUUGAGCUACUCUCUCCAUAGAUAA